AUGCUGCUGCAGCUGGUGCUCUUGGCCCUGCUUUGCUGGAGGGAUGAGGCCAAGGGCCAGAGGAGGCCCAGGAUAAACUACAUGGAUUACCAGAUUCAAGUGCAGCCAUCGGUGGUGGUGCAGGAGGGUCUGUGUGUGUACGUGCCUUGCACCUUCUCCUAUGGCAAGGAUGGCUGGAAUGACUCUACCCCAGCUCAUGGCUACUGGUUCCAUGAAGGGGCCGAUACAGACCAGGAUGUUCCAGUGGCCAUAAAGAGCCCAGGUCAUAAAGUGCAGAAGGAAACGCAGGGCCGAUUCCACCUCCUCGGGGACCCUCAGGACAGCAACUGUUCCCUGGACAUCAGAGACGCCAGGAUGGGGGACAACAGAUGAUACUUUUUUCGGGUGGAGAGAGGAAGUGCAAAAUGGAAUUACAAAUUAAAUCAUCUCUCUGUGCGUGUGACAACCCUGACCCACACGCCAGAUAUUCUCAUCUCGGGGACCCUGGAGUCUGGCCGCCCCAGGAACCUGACCUGCACUGCGCCCUGGGCCUGUGAGUGGGGCGCACCACCUAUCUUCUUAUGGAGGACAGCAGCCUUUGCUUCUCUGGGCCCCAUGACCCCCCUCUCCUCGGUUCUCACCCUCACCCCACGGCCCCAGGACCACGGCACCAGCCUCUCCUGUCAGGUGACCUUGCCUGGGGCUGGAGUGACCAGGAAAAGGACCAUCCAGCUUAAUGUGUACUACCCUCUGCAGAACUUGACCAUCACUGUCUUCCUUGGACACAGCACAACGCCCAUAACCCUGAAGAAUGCAUCAUCUCUUUCAGUCCUGGAGGGCCAGUCCCUGCAUCUGGUCUGUGUUGUCGACAGCAACCCCCCUGCCAGGCUGAGUUGGGCCUGUGGGAGCCGGACCCUGAGCCCCUCACAGCCCUCAAACCCCGGAGUCCUGGAGCUGCCCCAGGUGGAUUCGAGCCAUGAAGGUGAAUUCACCUGUCAAGCUCAGCACCCUCGGGGCUCCCUGCACGUCUCCCUGAGCCUCUCUGUGCAGAGUGAGUGCACCGGAAAAGCACAUCCUUUAUCAGGAGCGUCACUGGGGGCCAUCAGUGGAGCAUGUGCUACAACCCUGCUCCUCCUCUCCUUCUACGUCAUUGCCAUCAUCGUGAUAUCCUGGAAAAAGAAAGCAGUAAGGCCAGCAGUGGGCAUGGGGGACAUGGACAUGGAGGGCGCAAAUGUUGUCACAUGGUCAGUCUCUCAGCAGACAUGCACCUGGGUCAUCUGCUGCUGCAAAUUCCAGAGAGGGUCUCUGGAUGGAAUCCCAGGCAGGCAGCCAUCCAGACCAUCCUACCCCAGAUGUGGCUGCCCCUUGCUCAGAGGAGGAAGAAGAGCUUCAUUAUGCAUCCCUAAGCUUUCAUUGGAUGAAACCUAGUGGCCUGUGGGAACAGGAGGCCACUGGUAGUGAGUAUUCCGAGAUCAAGUUCCACAAGUGAGAAGCUACAGAGACUCGGCCCUGGCUUGAGGGAUCAUGGCCCCGGAGGGGCAAAGAAAAUGUCAGAGCUGAUUCCCAUAGAGUUAGAUUCCCUAUAAAAUUGUAAAGAACACAGGCUUUGGAAACAAAGAGUUUCAAGUUAGAAUCUUCACUCUGCUGCUUUGCAGACAGACCCGCCCCUAACUCUCUGUGCCUCAGUUUCCUGCUCUGUGAAACAGGCAUGAGAAGCCCUACCUGAAAUUUUGUGGUGAGAAUUCCGGCGCUAAACUCCUUUCAGACCACUUGCCAAAAAGUGUAUGCUGAACACAUGCUGGAUCCCUGCGCCUUGAACAGAAAGGUUCUACAAGGAGUAUCUUCUGGCUCUGGAGGGGACCAGCAUCAGACCUCAAACCUUAAACCUUGAGUUCCUUUCCCCUGGAAUGUCCUCCCACUGGACCUUCGUCUGACUUCAUCUGUCUCUGAAAAUGGAGCUCAAAAGGUGGACUUCUGGAUUCAGAAGGGAAAGUUAAGCAGCAGCUCACGGUCUCCCCGAUAGCAACAAACCAAACAAAUGAGAAAGGUUCCCAAAUGAUCACACAACCAUCUGAUGGAUGAAACAUCAUGAUCUCACAUUUCACCUACAACACCCAAAUGAAGAAUGAAUAUAUCACAGCAAUCUCUUCAUAAAAUAGUCUUGAUGAAAAGAAAUCAAAGGACUGGACAAGGCAUUAAAAGUUCCCUACACAUAGACACCAGGCCAUUUAUAAAAGCACAAAAAUAUAAGGCACCAGGGACUAAUUACUUUUUAAAAGAUGCAAAACUUCCACACUGAAAAAUACAGAAUAUUGCUGAGAGAAAUUAAAGAAGACCUAAGUAAAUGAAGAAAUAUACCAUGCUCAAGAAUUGGAAGACACAAUAUUGUUAGAUGUCAGUUUUCUGUAUAUUGAUUUAAGUAAUCCCAGUCAACAGAUAUAUAUUUGUAUAUAUAUAUAUAUGUAUGUAUAAAUGUAUAUAUCCAUGUAAAUUUACAAGUUGAUUUUAAAGUUUAUAUGGAAAUAUGAAGGACCUAAAAUAGCAAAAUUAUCUUGAAAAGGAAGAAUACAACUGGAGAAAUCAGACAUUACUGUAAAGUAGCGUAGUCAAGAGUGUGUGGUGUGGACAGAACAGAGUCCAUAAAUAGACCCACACAUUAUAUAUGGCCCACUGAACAGCACCUUGUCUAUUCAAUUGGGAAAAGAAGGACUUCUUAACAAAUAUGAUAGAAAAAGUGGCUAGAGCUUUGGAAAAAGUGAACAUUAUACAUAUUACAAUUGGUUUAUAGAAUUGCAAUCAUGAAGUAUAUACCUGUGUUUUUUCUCACUCAGUGUUGAGUUUUUUGAGAUUCAUCCAUGUUAUGUACAUAUCAGUAUUUUGUUCUGCUAUAGCUGAGUAGGAUUCUAGUGUACCACACUUUGUUUACCCAUUUUUCUGUUGACGAAUGUUUGGUUUG